AUGGGUUCGAGCUCAUCUGCUUCGGCGUUGCAGACAACAACGGGUAUUCUAAUAGAACUUGCUAACGAAAGGUCGGCUAACGAGCUCUUGAACGGUGCCGACACUGCAGAUACACCUAUAUGGAAGGUUCUGGUCGACAACGUGGUCAACGAAGAAGAGCUUCAAGGUCUACCGGUGGAGAAGUUGUAG